GAACUUAUAAAAACUAGGGGCACGCUGUUUUCGUGACACCUUUUCGACCCACCUUCCAUGUAAACUCUUCGAAUCAUCUUGAACCUUCAGUCAAGCAAAAAAAUGAAUAUUCAGUUUGUUCUUGCUACUAUUCUCUUGGUUGGCAUAUUUGGGCCCUCCGUGUGCCUCUCUUACUCUACACCUUUGAGCACUUGGUAUACAGACGAAACAACCACCCCGUAUCCCGACGAAGCGACCACCUCGCGUACAGUGGGUCGAAAGUGUACAAUUGAGCGAUGUGUAGAAAAUAAAGGAUAUGGCUGUAAACCAGUGGAUGAUGCCGACAUUAUGAAAUCAAAUAGAUUUAACGUCACAUGUAACGGCAAGUCUGGCAAUUGUAAGACCCAUGUCGAGGUUGACUACGUCGAGAAGUGGACUUUUUACAAGACUUACGAUCAGUGGGGCCAAGAGUGCCGAUGCCAAUCGGACGGGUUUGUCGUCUGCCACUAAGCCUCGGCCAAGUCGCCAGCUGCCUGACAUCUAUGUUCAAGUGAGGAAACCAUGCAUGUUUGAAAAUACGUACUGUUGCAAUGACAGCCAAAUCACAAUGUAGAUGCCCAAAUGAGAAAUAAAUAUGUUGGCUUGAGAAGUAGAGUAA